UUACGGAAAAAGACCCAUUUUGGUCUAUUGAAAUGCCUAAAAGUAAGACAUCAAAUGUUGGUUGUCCAAAGGUUCAAGGUGCAAAGCCACAAAAAUCGACCGAUUUUACAAACAUAUCUUUUCAACACAGGGACAGUAUUAAUACGGCAUCAUCUAACAAAACUAUCAUACAAUCCGAACUCGAAAAGCUUUUUGCAGAGAAACAAACUAAUUGGAAGAG